GGGCUUUGGUGGUAAUGUGGUGGUGAAAGUGGUUUAGUUAUUCAACAACAGCUAUGGGUUCUUCUUAUUUUGAGGGAGUGGUGCUUGAUCCAUCAAAAUGCAGUAAGUUGAGUAUGGAGGAAAAGAGAGAACUUGUUUAUGAACUGUCAAAGUGGUCACAUGGUGCCCCCGAAAUGCUACAAUCGUGGAGCCGACAGGAGAUUCUGCAGGUACUAUGUGCCGAGAUGGGAAAAGAAAGGAAAUAUACUGGUUUGACAAAAUUGAAGAUCAUAGAGAUCCUCCUAAAAAUAGUAGCUGAGAAGAAAUCACAAGGGCAUGAAAUGGAAACAAGCUCCGAUCCACAUUCUUCGCCUGCAGUUGGGCAAAGGGCUUUCAAAAGGCAGAGGAAAAUUGACAACCCGAAUCGACUUUCUAUUGCAGUAAACAAUGAUGAAAGUGAUAUAAGUAAUACUAUAUACUGCAAAAACUCAGCUUGCAGAGCUAAAUUAAGUCAACAAGAUGCAUUUUGCAAGAGAUGUUCAUGUUGUAUUUGUCAUCAGUAUGAUGACAACAAGGAUCCUAGCUUAUGGUUAACUUGCAACUCGGAGCCUCCCUAUCAAGGUGAUGCAUGUGGAAUGUCAUGUCAUUUGGAAUGCGCUUUGAGGCAUGAAAAAUCUGGGAUUGCAAAAGAUGGGAUGGAUGGAAGGUUUUGUUGUUUGUCUUGCGGGAAAGUGAAUGAUUUGCUUGGAUGCUGGAGAAAACAACUGAUGAUGGCUAAGGAUACCAGGCGUGUUGAUAUAUUGUGCUAUCGUGUUUCCUUGAGCCAAAAGCUUCUUGCUGGUACCAAAUGUUACAAAAAACUUUAUGAAAUUGUGGAUGAAGCAGUAAAGAAGCUUGAAGCAGAUGUGGGUCAUUUAACUGGUUUACCUGUGAAGAUGGCUAGGGGUAUUGUCAACAGACUCUCUUCGGGUCCAGAGGUUCAAAGACUAUGCGCUUGUGCAGUGGAGUCCCUAGAUUCGAUGCUUUCCAAAACCGUGCGUCAUUUGUCAUCCGAUCAUGUGAUUGAAGAAUCCAAUUUGUUAGCUUCAAACAUAAUCCAGAUUGAAGAUGUCUGCACUUCAUCUGUUAUGGUAGUAUUUGGUUCUAAUGAUCUGGAACUAGGAAAUGUUGCGGGUUAUACCUUGUGGCAUCGUAGAGCUGAAAAUAUGGACUACCCAUCAGAACCAUCGGGUAUGUUUACCCCAAAUACAAGGUUUUUACUCUCUGGUCUAAGUCCAGCUACAGAGUAUGUUAUCAAAGUCGUUUUCUUUGAUAGCACUAGAGUUUUGGGGACGUGUGAAAUUCAGGUUCGAACAGACAGUGCUGAGAAUGAACUGCCCAAUCAACUGAACUUGGCAGUUGAAAGAAGUGAAAGUGAAAGUCCAGUGACCAACUGUAGCGGUUUAUCUAAUCCUUCUUCUGUGGAGGAUGAAACUAAUAACAUUGAUAAUGAAAUCAAGAACACAGACAAAAUUGCUUCUGCAAUAUCGAGUGAUGUUGGAAAUUUGGGAGAUUCUGUGUCUUUGUUGGAUGAGGAAGGUGGCACCGGGAAAGUUAACUUGACCCUGAAUUCAAGUGAGUUGAAUAUUGAGAACAAGUGCUCAGGAGAAGGCCAAAUGGUUGAGGAGGCAAGUACAGACAAUGGGUCAAAUACCCAUGUCCAGACAGGCGUGGAAUGUGUGCCGUUUGUAGGUAGCUCAGAAGCUGAAUUGCCCGUUACACCUUGCAAGUUGGAAAAUUUCAAGGACGGGUUGGGAAGAAAUGGGAGAUGCAAACCCAAGGACAAGGAUGUGGAUAGUGGUUCUGGGAGGGAAGAGGAGCCCCAAGCUGGUAGCUCUUCAAAGAAGAGAAGUAGCGAAAGACAAGAUAAAGACCAUUCUGGGAACGGUGAUAGGGAUUUCGAGCAUUAUGUGAAAGUAAUCAGAUGGUUGGAAUGUGAAGGACAUAUUGAGACAACGUUUAGGCAGAAAUUUCUGACGUGGUACAGUUUGAGAGCGACACCACAGGAAAUGAGGGUUGUGAAGGUGUUUGUCGAUACUCUUGUUGAUGAUCCGGCAUCUCUAGCGGGGCAGCUUGUAGAUACUUUCUCUGAAGUGAUUUCAAGCAAGAGAUCUUCUGUUGUGCCAUCGGGGUUUUGCUUGAAGCUUUGGCAUUGACAUGAUUUUAGAAAAGGGUGUCCCUAUUAUUUCGAAUGAUUUUUCAAACUCUAUUAGGGUUUGUAUAGGUGUAAUUAUUUGGACCCCUCAAGGAAACGUCUUUAUAUUCUUCAUUUAGAUCACCAUUCAAAUUUGAUCAUUAGUAUUGGACAUUUUUUCCUUUUUUUUUUGGCAAAAGUAGUAUUUGCCAUUUGAUGAUGUAAGAACACCAGAUAUUAUAUUAUUCUGUAGAACAGUUUGUCAUCAUGAUAAAUUUAACUAUUUAUGAACACCCAUAAGAGCUCGCGAGACACAAUGUCAAAUUUCAUAGAA